AUGGCGACCGAACAACCUGCUACUGAUGUUCCUGCCGACGCUCCCGUUGCAGCCCCCGAGCCUGCACCUGCCGCACCUGCCGCACCUGCGGAGCCUGCACCGUCUGAGCCAGCCCCGAACGAGUCUCAUCCAGACGAAGGCAAGGUCGUAGCACCUGAGAUCGAAGCUGCAGCGGUUCCCGAUGUCACCCCCGCCGCUGCAGAGGUCGUACCCGUGGCGCAGGAGGGGAGCAGAUUAGUGCUGCAUCACCUGAACAACAGCCGGAGCCAAAGGAUCUUGUGGUUACUCGAGGAGCUCGGAGUUCCCUACGAGAUCAAGUCCUACCAUCGUCUUCCAUCGAUGCAGGCCCCUCCGGAGCUCAAGGCUAUCCAUCCACUCGGGAAGAGUCCUGUGAUGCAGGACGGGGAUGUCAAUCUCGCGGAGAGCGGGGCGAUCAUCGAGUACCUGAUCAAGAAGUAUGGGAAGGGGAGGUUUGACCCUGGGGAGGAUGGAUGGGUGGAUAACCUGUACUACACGCACUAUGCGGAAGGCAGUCUCCAGCCUAUCAUCGUCAUGAGUCUCAUAUUUAGCAUCCUCCCCGCUUGGGGGGGUUGGUCGGAGGUUAUGGCACUGCAGGGUGAGGUUCCUCGUGCGCACGUGUUUGAUGUAGACUGGUCAGCAAAUGAACAAUAUUGCAUAAUAUUGCGAUACAAUACAAUGAGGAUUCGACACAGGAAUUAG